UCGCGAGCGGCUUUCGCACGAGAGUACGAAAAGUCAUUCGGAGGGAGAAAGAUCUGUACAUCUCGUGGCCGGAGGCGAACGAAGCGAUUUCUUUUUUUUUUCCUUCCUUCCUUCUUUCUUUAUUUUACGUACUCGUUGCUUCUUGCGCGCACACACGCGCAUUCGGGGCGUCUUGUGUGCUCGAUUAUAGGUAUCGGCGAACGCAGACAUUUUCGUUCCUCUCCUUUGUUGAUUAUUUGGGGAUUCCGGUCGCUUUGAAAAUCUAGGUGAAUCCAGAAAUAACUGGCGACCAUAGGGGACGAUAUAUCUAGGAUGGCCGCAGAAAUAUCCGCCUUGGCCGAAGUUUUGAACUUGCGAUAUCGGGCAAAAGUUCCGAAAAGCUUUUUCUCGCUCCUCCGCCGCUGAUCGUCCUAUUUGCUGCCGUUUACGUCAACUUUGCGAGAACUCUCGGCCAUGACUAUGCGCUUGCCCUGCUAAUGGACUGAACUUCCGUUUUUCUUUUUCUCAUCUCUCUUUUUUUGCCUUAUCUUUCCCGAGAGAACUCAGGCUCGCGUAUAGAAGGUCGUUUACUUUCGGAGCUAUUUCCUCUUACGGAGCCGUUUCCUCUUGAAAUCCUCCGUUGUCGUUCGCGCUAAUGGCGCACAGCUCCGAAACUUCAUGCGCCACCGUAAACUUCAGUAGUUGGCUCGAGAAUGUAACGCAACAGUUUUACAUAGGUACCAGGCCUAUAGACUCGUACGAUUUCCAGACGAGAGUUUGUUACACUCACUUGGUCGAUACGUAGGGGGCGUACACGUCGGGAGCUACGUAAGAUAAUUGCGAAUUGUCGCAGGAAAACGCUUGACACGCGACGAUAUAUAAUUUAUCAGCCGGGGAGGAUAUAGGAGUUCUCGAACGGUCGACCGUUAAAUGACGUGCCGCGUAGGCCGGGGUGAGCUGCAUAGGGAUACGACGCCGUGCGUCUCGUGCGAAUUUCGCUUUCCGCGUUCUCCUCGGGUCCAUCCGCGUGUGCGCCUCUCGUACCCUGAACUCGCGAUUUACUUUUGGACACAGAAACAGAAGUACAAAGCCGCCGGGCCACUUACGCUGCUUCAGUCGAGUCAAUUUCCAUCAAUCUCGCUAUAGCAAAGAGGGACGGACAGACGUAAUUGAGAAAAUAGACGAAGCGCGUAAGUUGGAGAAGUUAUUUAUACGCGUUUUGCGCAAAAAAAUAUUACGAAUCACACGUGCGGAAAAUUAGAUCGAUUAAACAAAGGUGAAAAGUAUGUUACAAAAAUCGCGAUGCUCAAUCCUCUGUGUGUGGUCCAACGUUUUUCUGGCUGCAACUUGAGCAUAACUUUUCUCUGGGUGUAGCAGCGUCGUGAAAAAAAGACGAAAUCAAAAUUGCAUAAUUGAAUUAAAACAGACGCGAGGGGUCGUACGCGGAAAAAAAAUUAAUAUCAAAUCGAAAAUUGUUCGCUUGAUAUUAAUUUUUUUUUUUUUCUGUAGACAAUUAUUCUCAAGAUCGACACUUCUCCUCUAAAAUAAUAAUAAAAUCGAAUUUCAAAAUGAUCAUGAUCACGGGAUAAUGGAACAGUAAAACGCAAUUGCUCGAGCAACUUCUACAAUGCAGUUAAUCCGAGAAUAAUCACUUGUCUAUAUCUCGAUUCUACUCUCUGCGGCACAGCGAGCAGAGAUCGCCCACGGCCGCGGUUCGUGUAUCAGAAAAUGACCGAUUUAAAUCUAGAAUCCUCAAGUAAGUUCUCCCGGCUAUUUACUCUCUGCUAUUCACUCCAUUUACUACUCCAGUUAAGAGAACAGCGGCCAGUAAAUCAACGAGAUAGCUUCCGCUCGCUCCUCGCUCACGCUUCGCGCUGUUCGAAAAAAAAGAGAAGGCGAGGAAAGAGAGCGCGAUGUGCAGAAAUGUCUCGUAAUAAAAUGGAAAAAAGAAUGGAUCAAUUGUUUAGCAUAAACGUCGAGUUUGAAUCAUGAGGACGGACAGAGAGAAAAAGACAGAGAGAGAGAGAGAGGAAGGGAGGAAUGAGGUGGUGCCAUUGAAGAGCGGGCCGAAAGCGAGAAUAUUAAUGCGCUUAUAAAUAAACCGGAGGAAAAAUCCAGCGAAGCGCGCGUACAGCCCCGACAGAGGCGGGCGACGUGCUCUGCACGCCGCCGUCGGCCAAGAAACCACGGUAGGAAGCCGCACGGUUAACUUCGGCUCGCGCGUUCCCGUUCGCGAGGACUCGGGCAUACACAAAUCUCGGUGCGCGGCCGGUUUUCCUCUUUCCCGCCUCCUCCCCUUCACCCCUUCUUUCCCUCUUCAUCAUCGUCUCGUUAUCCACCUCCUCGAUAUCCUCGACAGCCGAAAACGAAUCUGGUGCAACCGGAGGAGGCGCCGAACGACGGGGACUCCCGGUGGAAGUGCGAAUUCGCUGCGCGAGUGGCGCGAGAUUAAACACCGCGUCUCGCCGCCUGGUGAUUGAACGACCUCGAACGGGGGCGCGAAUUGAGAGGUGCGCGGAGUGGCGAGCGAGUGGAAAUAGGAUUGUUUGAUUACGCGGACACGCGCGCGAUCGGCGCGGCGCGGUGCCCGCCGCGUAACAUGACAGCGCACGGCGAGAGAUUCGCGCGCGACGACGACGUAAUAAGACGUGCCCGACGGGGAGAACGAGUAGCACAGUGAUUUUCACGAUCAAACGCGGUGUGAUGCGUGCACGAGACACGCGAUAUCUGUAUGACGUGAAUUGACGAGUUUAUUUUCAUACCUUCUCCAGUUAAGAAGCCCUGCCGAUCACUUGGUACAUAAAGUUUUAUACGUGUUUACGUUCUUCACGACCUCGACAGGCUGAAAUAAGUUCAAAGGAACUCUCAAAGUAAACGAUUUGCCUUUGUGCCACGAAGUGACGAAUUAUCUAAAUAAAAAAGAAAAUGUAGUUCAUGCGAGGGAUCGCGCGAUGGACGACAGCCGCGGACGCUGCGAACGCGUGAAAAUUCCAAGCGGACGCGAGAGGAGAUCGUAAGCCAUGCUCAGGAAUUCCUUGAGGGGCACGGCGAUGGCGUCGUCCGACCCGUCGAUGCCAGCGAGCCCCGGCCCUAGCAGCCCUCUGGGUUUCGAAACACCCAGGCCACGCAAGAAGCUCUCCUUCAAAGAACCGGAGGCCUUCAACUGUUUGAAACUACGCAAGCCGUCGGUGCGGCCGAAACUGAUGCUCUCGCAGAACAGCGUCGACCUUAGCUUCGAUGAAAAUCCUUUCGAGGAGGAAAACGAGGAUCUCGAUGAGCUCGAGAGUCAAGCGAUGAGGGUAGUCAGAACGGUUGGGCAAGCUUUCGAAGUGUGCCAUAAGUUAAGCAUAAACAACACUACGGAGGAUUCUCGAGGAGAGAAAGAUGGGGAGAAUCACGGUGAAAAUUACGGUGAUGUUUACGAGGACCAAGAUGAAAUUCCUAACGAGCAAUCUCAGCCUUCUCCGCCGCCGGUGCAUAAAGACAUAUCAUUAUUGGGGGAUACCGAAGAUUCGGUUCCCGAGCAAACGUCCGUUACCUGUCUACUUCGAUCGCACGAUGGACCGGCGACGACAACCUCUACCUCACCAAUCAGGCAGUCGCCGUCGGGCACGGUGACCUCCGAGUGCGGAGGUUUAUUGGUGGGAGGCGAAUUAACAGCCCUGAAACACGAAAUACAGCUUCUGCGUGAACGUUUGGAGCAACAGAGUCAACAAACCAGAGCUGCCGUUGCCCAUGCGCGACUUCUUCAAGAUCAGCUGGCGGCGGAAACGGCAGCGCGCGUCGAAGCUCAGGCGAGGACGCACCAACUUCUAGUGCAGAAUAAGGAAUUGCUAGAACAUAUAAGUGCGCUGGUGGGCCAUCUGAGGGAACAGGAACGUGUUUCUGGUGGCCACGUCACCUCGCAAUCGCAAAUUCCGACGCCCGCGUCCAUACAACAGAACGCGGCGGUUUCCGACCUGUCAGGCCUCGGCCAGUGUCAACGGACCGGGGGCCAGAGUUCGCCAUGGGAACUGGAUCCACCGUCCUUUUCGUACUGCACGUAUCCACCGGAAUCGCUGUAUUCCGGUGGCCUCGGCGCCAUGGGAAUCGGCGCCAUGGGAAUCCAGAGUAAUAACACCGCCGCGGAUCAGUUGCAGUUCCAAACGCAGCUGUUGGAAAGGCUGCACAACCUAAGUCCGUUUCAGUCUCAGAGAUCGCCCUAUAAUACACCGUCGCCCUAUGCGAUGGGCCCAAGUCUACUUCUACCUCCGUGCGGCGGACCGACGAAUUCAGCCCAGUUGUCCCCAAAUUCUGCGUCCCUGCGAAUCUCUCAACCGAACAGUUUCUCCUCGUCGCCGGUCAUGGCUCACAAGCUCGAAAACUACGGGAUGGAUAAUUCUGACAACGCUUUCAUAAAGCCCUUGCCGUGCACCAAUGAUAAAAACGCGGCUCAUUCAUCGACAGACAUUAAAGUCAGGCAAGAACGCCCGAAUCUACACGAUUCUUCCGAAAUACCUCCGAUAAUUUUGGACCCUCCGCCGCAAGGCAAACGCACGGACAGUCCGAUCAAGAAAGGGAGCACGAAGCAAAGUUCGAUGACUCACGGCAUGCAGGACAACAAGAACCAUUUGCAGAGUCCGAAAGGCCUGGCGACCAUCCUGAGAUCCACAGGUCCGCCGCCUUCCCGCACGACGAGCGCACGGCUACCCUCGCGCAACGAACUGAUGAGCGAAAUGCAGCGAACAACUUGGGCUCGUCACACGACCAAAUGACGGGACACUGUCCAGUACAAUAACGCGAAUCUGUGUAACCUUCGGCUUCGAUAAGCGAAACCGACAAUUUCGUUAGAAUUAUUAAAAAAAAAGCACAUGUUCAAGGAUAUUAGUCAUGAAUCACGGAGGAAGUUACGCGUAGUUUGAGAACCUUUGAUCCAACGGAUGACAGGGUUUGCAUUUUUUCCUCGGUCGCUCAAAGUCGAAUCCCAUACGUCAUAUUAUAGAGAUUUCUAAGAUGUAUAGUAUAUGAUUUUUCGAUGAAACUGAAUUCAUGUAGAAAAACUGUCGAACGAGUUGUCUCACAAGUGAAAAUUUGUUGCCAAUAAGAAAUGUAAGAAUUUUGAGAAUAUAUAUAUAUAUAUCUUUUACAAAGAUUUAUUAGAGCUCUAGAUCACUCAGUGCAGAGUCAAUAAAUCGUAGCGUAGUAAUGUUCCUAUGACGAACGUGAAAAUCGUGAUUUCGACAGAUCGUACAUUCGUUUGCAUCUUACGAGUAAUGUCCGCGGAGUGUUUGUAAAGAUUGGAACGCUAGUCGCGUUCGGACAAAUUAUAGUGGAUGUAUUAUCUCACAUACAUCUCUUCGGGUGUCCGAAGAGACAGUAAUUCGUACGUUUAUUCGUAUCGCGACAUUUACAGUGUACUCCCAUGUAUAAAAAAAAAAAUCGUCAUUUAGCGGACGAACUUGUGCCAAAAGUACCAAUCGUCUUAAGAGAGUUUAUUUUCAGUAUAUUUUUAAGUGAUAUAAAAAUAAAGAUAAGCGUGAUCACAGA